AUGGCAAAAGACGGACCCAACUGGGAUGGAUUGCUCAAAUGGAGCCUCGCUCACUCUGAUGGCACUCGCCCCAAUCGCAAUUUGAGCGAGGAGGAUAGGAGAUGGUUUAUGGAAGCGAUGCAAUCGCAGAGUAUUGACGUUGUGAAGCGCAUGAAGGAGAUAACACUUGUAAUGCAAACUCCUGAGCAGGUUUUGGAAGCUCAAGGAGUUACUCCUGCUGAUAUUGAAGAUUUGUUGGAUGAGUUGCAAGAGCAUGUUGAGUCUAUUGACAUGGCCAAUGAUCUUCAUUCCAUUGGCGGUUUGGUCCCUCUUCUUGGUUACCUGAAGAAUUCCCAUGCUAAUAUCCGAGCAAAGGCUGCAGAAGUUGUGACCACUAUUGUCCAGAACAACCCCAAGAGCCAACAAUUGGUCAUGGAAGCAAAUGGCUUAGAAUAUCUGUUUUCUAAUCUCACAUCCGACUCUGAUGUGACUGUUCGAACCAAAGCUCUCGGCGCAAUUUCCUCUUUAAUCCGGCACAACAAACCUGGUAGCAUUGCAUUUCGUCUAGCAAAUGGUUAUGCAGCCUUGAGAGAUGCUUUAUCUUCUGACAACGUGAGAUUCCAGAGGAAAGCCCUGAAUUUGAUUCAGUUCCUACUGCACGAGAAUAGCUCUGAUUGCAAUGUAGUAAGUGAGCUAGGAUUUCCACGCAUAAUGUUGCACCUUGCCUCUAGCGAAGAUCUAGAAGUACGAGAAGCUGCACUCCGGGGCCUUCUUGAGCUUGCUAGAGACAAAACUGAUGGGUCCACUAGUGGUUUAGCUGAUGAAGAUGAGAAAUUGAAGCAACUUCUUCAAGAGCGAAUUAAAGGUAUUAGUUCAAUGUCUCCUGAAGAUCUUGGGGCAGCUAAAGAGGAGAGGCAGCUGGUAGACUCCCUCUGGAAUGCCUGCUACAACGAGCCAUCUUCUCUUCGUGAGAAUGGGCUUCUUGUGCUUCCAGGGGAAGAUGCACCACCACCUGAUGUUGCAAGCAAGGUUUUUGAACCUCGUCUUAGAGCUUUUGCUCCAAAUCCUGCAGAUAAAAACCCUGGUACUGAGAAGAAAGAAACUCCUCCUCCUCUGCUGCUAGGUGCAGGUCCUCCACCGGAAGCUGCAAAUGUUCAAGGUAGUUCUACUACCAGGGAUGAUGCCAAUGGGAGCUCUCAGGCAAAUUAG